CAGUAGAGCCGACAUAGACCCCGUUAUUGUCAGGCAAAUAACUAUGCAACUUUCAUGUUCAUUAACAAUAACUCUCGCGUGUUCAAGUUUGUAUCUCGCAAACGCUUUCAUGCACGCCUUUUUCUUCUCGAAACACAACCCUGCGAAACGACCGGGACAGCAGACCGUGCUGAUUUUGAUCAGCAGGAUGUCAUUUGGUCUGCCCACAAGCGCCCUCGUCUGUUUUUGGCUUGCAUUAUGGAUAUGUUUCUGGGAGAUGGCGCGAGCCCCGUUGUGGAAACCGAGAAACUCGCCCCUUGCCAUUGACAACUAUGGUUGUGUUGAGAUGUGCGGAGGGGGUUUUCGAACUUGGUAUCAUCUUGGGGUAUACUGGGGUUUGUACGAUAGAUUUGGUAAAGAUGGUAUGUCGACGAUGCGAUUCUCUGGCUCAAGUGUCGGCGCUCUCGUUGCAACAGUCGCAGCUUGUGGAGUGCACCCUGCUGAUAUUUGGGCGCAUAUUCCGGCCAUAGCCAAUUCAUAUCGUGAGACCUUUUUAAGCCACGUAACAGGGGUUGGUCAGUUUUGUCGAUUUCUUCUACACUCUACCUUGCCUCCAGACGCACAUUUACUCGUUAAUGGUCGUCUUUUUAUAUCGGUUUCAUCGCUGUUUCCCACACCGUUCAACCGUAUUAUCUCUGAGUUUGACUCUCGUCAAGAUCUUAUUGACGCCGUGAUAGCAGCACAAUACAUACCUACGUGGACCUAUCCUGGUAUUUGUUUCUACCGUGGAAUGAUAUGUGUUGACGGGGGUGUCACGAACAAUCUUCCGAACAUUUGUGUCCAUUCAUUGCGUGUAGGUCUGGAUAAAGAUGACACGUUCACUUGGAAUGCUGACUUCGUUCCAUCACAACCGCUUUCCAGACUGAAUACUUUUAUUCCGGCUCAGGAAGCAAGUUUACAACGCAUGCUAGACUGCGGUAAGGACGACAUCAAUGAUUGGUUGAAUACAUGUCGAGGUAUUUCAUUUAUACAAGAACUUUCUGCUGUUUGGAAAUCUUGUCAGAACACGUGUUCGUUAAAAUAGUGUAUGCAGAAGUCACUGAGAGAGCAGAGUACGUAUACUCUGCGUUGCUGUAGUUUCUUCUGAUGAUUUCUUUUGUACGUGAAGGUUUUGAGCAAGUAUAGAGCUCAUAUGCGUCGUGCUAGACUGUGGAUUGUCAACUGGAAAGGAGAGACGUGCGGUUGCCUGUCAAGGUACGAAGUUCUCAGAACUUUGGGACCGCAAUAUGGGUAGCCCUGCAAUAUCAAAAAUCUGUGCACUGAAAGAUACGUCUUGGGGUGUACACUUGGCGUGUUCCUUGUAUUUUUAGAUGUUGCCCGAGCAUCAUUGGAUCGGAUAUCGGACAUUUUAAAUAGACAAAACGUUCGUGCUGUCAUUUUUUCAGUCACAGGGCUACACGCUAUAGGGCGACACUGUGUGCGUGUGAAAAAGUGUGUAUGUGUGAAAAAAUAUGCAACCGCCGAGAUUCGAACUCGGGUCUAACGCUUGGAAGGCGUUUGUCAUGACCACUAAACUACGGAAGCAUCUAAAAUUCUAGGCAGAAUAGGCAUAACAUACUUUAUAUAUCUCCAUGACAUC